GGUGGCGCUGUUUUCCUUCCGAAUGACACCCCCGUCUCAGCUCUCCACUCCGGUCUCGAGCUCAUCACUUCUGUUCCGCCGUCAUUGCAGAAACUCAUUUAUAGAGGAAAGAAAAUCCAGCAUCGACAGGAUGACUCCGAUCCAGAACCCACCAUCGCCCAAGCAGGUCUUCGCGAUGGCCUCAAAGUGCAAAUGCUUGGCUCGACGGUAGAAGAACUCGGACAACUGAAUGCAGCUGACUCAGCACAUCAGAGGCAAGAGCAAAUUCUUAGGAAGAGGGUGCUCAAGCCACAGGUAAAUCUUCGUUCGACAGGGUUAUCGUCUACUUCGUCACACCAGUACGGCUUUCACCCGACCGAGUGUCUCACGACGCUUUCCAAGGACCCUGCAGUCCUACAUGUAAUGCAGAAGCAUCAUUUUUCUCUUGCACCACAUGAGCAUCCUGAACUUCCAGGUCUCAACGUUGGGAGUGGAGCUACCAUCAAGCUGCGAAUUCGGCUUGACACAUAUGAUGGUUUUCGUCCGUACUUGGAGGUUAGACGCGUAUUGUGCCAUGAACUGGCACACAAUGUAUGGGGCGAACACAACAAUGAUGUUAGCCACAACCUUCGUCUUCCAAUAUCCCGUUUACAUGACAGUUGUAUAUUCCUGGUUUAAAGAGUUGAAUUCUCAGCUCAAUCGUGAGGUUGCAGGGUUUGAGGCCGCAGCAGGAGCAGGAACACAUCAACUUUCUGGUUUACGAGACACCUAUCAGCUGUCAUCGGACGAAGAAGUAGAGGCACUUAUUCACGUUCUAGGGGGCACAGGACUUCGAGGCAACGAUAACACGGAAGACCGUCGGAACAUGGCACUGGAAGCUGCCACAGCGCAACUUAGGAACGAAGAGGAGCUAGAACGGAGCUGCGGGGCUUCUGGGUCGCAGAAAAACAAUCUAGAUAACAGCUGUGUCGAUGGUGACCG